GGCAAUGAGUAAAUCAAUUUUUAGAAAUAAAAAGGAAUACAAAAAUUUAAUAAUGCGCCAUCACGAGAGCUAAAAGACUUACAUACAUACAUAUGUAUUUACAUAAAGCACAUACAAAAAAAAUUUGUAUGUACACACAUUAGACUGUGUUAAAUAAAACUAAAAUUUUUUUUUCUUUUGGAGCCAAAUGAAAAUUUCCUUGUCGGUCACAAUUAAAAAAAAAAAACAAAUGUGCCCAAAUGUCAGUUUUAUUGGUGCAUUUUUCAGUUAGCGCGCGAAAAAUUUGAAUUUUCAAUGAAAAAAAUUUUUUCAGCGGCUUUUUAUAAACAAUUAAAUAUAUAAAAUUAAAAACCCAAAUCUUGUAACCCAGUCAAUUCUAGUAAUAAGGUGCAAGUUUGAAGUAGUUAGGACUUAUCGUUGAUUUUUGGCAAUUUUUUUUGUAAAUUUUUUUUUGAUUGAUUUUUUUUACCAUGCUAACUGAAAAACAAAGAUAGAGGGCUGACAUUUUGCACAAUUUUUUUUUGUGAUCGCCCACACAAGUCGCAUAGAUAUGGGACAGAACAAAAAAAAUUUUAUUUGACACUGUCUUAUGUACAUACAUACAUACAGGUGUACACAAAAAUGCAAUAGCAACAAGUGAAUCGAAUAGCAGACAUUUUAUUCCACUCAAAUUCUAAAGCAAGUGUCGAAGCGCAAACAAAAAAAAAAAAAACAAAUAACAAACAAGGUCUUGCGAAUUUCUUGUGCCGGUGUGUUGUUGCUUAUAUCGUAAAUUUAUUUAUUUGUUUUAUUAAUUUAUUGUGACGUCGAAAUAUUUUCGUUGUUAUUGUGCUAUUUCGCCGGCUGUUAUGUGAAAUAACUACGCUAGCUAUUGGCUCACACGCGCAGUCGCUAUAAAUAUGAAAGAGCAACUAUGCAAAUAGAACGCUUGGAAGCUAGCAGCAAAAAGCACUAAGCUUGAAGGAGUGAAAGGACUACAUCAAAAGACAAACACACAACAGUAGUCAAAUAGAUUUGCUGAAAAGUGCUGACAUACAUACAUACAAUAAUACAUAUUUACAUACAUUAAUAUUAGCAAUGAUAACUUGGCAAAAAGUCAAGUCAAGCAGAGAGCUGUGAUUGCAUUUUGAAUGGUUAGAAGAAGGAGCUGAACAAUCGCUGAUCGAUAAUAGAGACACAGAAGUGCAAAUUGCAUGCCAGCAACACGCAAAAUAAAUUUAUUUGAUUUGUUCGUUGAUUUAGUGGUGCAAUUUGAAAUUUGUCGUUGGGAAAAUAUUCGACAGACUGAAAAGCGUAUAUUAACACAGGAAGCUUCCUUUGCACAUUUACCAACUGUAAUUUGUCCCGCUUCAGCUGAAAGCUGUGCUCUACAUUCCUUUAUUUAGUUGAUUUCGCAUAUAAAUAAUUUUUAUCCAACACAAAAAUGGUACAUGCACCAGCGCGCAAAAAUAAAACUACAAAUGGCAAUUGUGAUUUGGUGGAGGAUGUGCUGACGCCGGUGCCACCAGAUGGUGGUUGGGGUUGGAUGGUCGUCUUCGGAUCCUUUAUGAUACAUAUUAUAACGGAUGGUAUGACAUACUCUUUCGGUCUCUUCUAUAAUGAGUUUCUCAGUUACUUUAACGAAGGCAAAGGCUACACAGCUUGGAUAGUGUCCAUCAUGGUGGGCGUUACCUAUGCCUCAGGUCCCAUUUCUUCGUCCUUCGUCAAUCGCUACGGCUGUCGCGCAGUCACCAUAGCCGGUUCCAUAUUUGCCGCCGCCUGCAUCGUUGCCAGCAUAUUUGCACAAAAUGUGCUAACACUCAUUUUCACAAUUGGCAUCGGCACCGGCUUUGGUCUGGGACUCAUUUAUCUGCCAGCCAUUGUAAGUGUGACGACAUGGUUCGAAGCGAAACGUUCGCUAGCCACCGGCAUUGCGGUGUGUGGUUCCGGCUUUGGUACGUUCGUAUUUGCACCGCUCACCGAACAUCUGAUCGGUUCGUUUGGGUGGCGUGGUGCGAUGCUCAUCAUUGGUGGCAUUGUAUUGAAUUGCAUUAUCUUCGGUGCGCUCUUUCGACCAUUGGAACCACCAAAACCAGAAAAAGUGAAGAAAUCCAGCCUUAUUGAUAAUCACACAACGAGUGCAGAGCUGAAACCGUUAAAAUCAGCUGCGGAUGGGGGAGAUCAGUAUUUGCAGUUGCCAGUGGCGCAGGCGCUGUGUCGCUCAAACAGCGUGGGACAUGGUUUCAAUAGCAAUAAUUUGCGACAGUUGCGUCCCUCCUUGGCGCAUUGCCGGAUGCUCUCGCUCGACUUGACAAUGCUGUUAGCGCAAGUAAAAUGUAGUUCGUUCCCAACACCGUCAGACGAUUCCCAUAUAAAUCAAACAGACCAUACUUUCCUGCUAUACGCAAAUAACAACCAGACUGUGAGCAAUGGUGCAAAUGGCAAAACCCCAGACCCGACUAGCGUACAGAGCACCAGCAGCACGGAUAUGGUGCGUCAUCGUAGUCAGCCGCAUUUGGAUCGUCUAGAGCCGCCGCAUGAGAACUGGGGCAGUGGCACAAUGUAUCGGCCGGAUAUCCUAUAUCAGGGUUCUCUACUCAACAUACCGGAGUACACGGCCUCGCGUACCGAUAUUUCCGGCAUGGGUAUAACAAAACGUUAUGGUUCGGUGCGACAUGCCGCACGCGGCAGCCAAAGUCAGGAAGUAAUAAGAUGUUGCGGCUGUAUGACCUGCUCCAAGGAGACUCACGACACCUUUGUCGAAAUGAUGAAUUUCUCGCUGAUAAAGGAUGUCGUCUUCAUUGUAUUUGCGCUCUCGAACUUCUUCACCAGCAUCGGUUUCAAUGUACCUUACAUAUAUAUAGUCUCGCAAGCGGAAACAUUGCAGCUUGGCAGUGAGCAAUCCAGCUACCUGAUUGCCAUAAUUGGUGGGGCCAACACAAUUGGCCGAAUAGUGCUUGGCUAUUUGGCCGACAAGCCAUGGGUAAAUCGUUUGUGGGUUUACAAUGUCUGUUUGACGCUGUGUGGCGUGUCAACCGCUAUGGCACCGCUUUGCACUGGCUUUUAUUCGCUAGCUGGUUAUUGUGCGGCCUUCGGUUUCACCAUCGGCGCUUAUGUCGGCUUGACUUCAGUGAUUCUAGUCGAUCUGCUUGGCUUGGAGAAAUUGACUAACGCUUUUGGUCUGUUGCUGCUCUUCCAGGGUGUAGCCUCAUUUAUUGGACCACCAAUUGGCGGUUGGCUAUAUGAUGUAACCGAUUCGUAUGGUCCCGCCUUCCUCAUGGCCGGCAUUACGAUUGCUAUUAGUGGUAUUAUGCUCUUCGGUAUUCCGCCACUUCAACGACAUAUCGAGGCGAAGACCAAAAAACAACAGCAAGCGACUGCGCAGACGUUAUCGCUAAGUUAGUGUCAUGUCUUGGCAAGAUGUACUGGUACAUAGGCCAAGUGCCGCAACAUUUUCCGCUCCGUCCUCUUGCAGGACUUUUUGAUACAAUUAUGUGUUAAGCGCGUUUAUUUGCCAAUACUUUUUAAUGUUUUAUGUUUUUUUUGCAAUUCUUUUUUAGAUUUACGUAUAUGAAAACUAGCUAGAUAGAUAUGUUUGAGAAAGAAGUGCCUUUAGGGCGCAUCUCAAAAAUAGGGAAUCAAUUUUGCCUUUGAUAUACAUUUGUAUGUAUGUAAACCCACACAUAUGUAUAUUUAUGUACAAGUCUUUGAAAUUAAUCUAGCUUAAUAUAAAUAAAAAAAAUUUAAAUCUAUUGUAGCUACUAUUAUAGAAAAUGAGAGCGUACAGGUCUUAUAUAGUUGUAUGUGAAAUGACAAAUGCAAAAUGACAAAUGAAUCUAAGAAAAAGAAGUUUACCAUAUUACCGUUAGCUGGUCAUCUGAAAUAGUCAUAUCACAAGUUAAAAUAAUGAAAAUAUUUUCUCUUGUCAAUACUUGCCUCUCCUUAAAGUAUAAUUGCUCAGGUAAACUAUGGCACAUAUCGAAUGCUUAAACUCCAUGUACAAUAAUUGUUAAGGGUAUUCACGAUUUCCUGUUAUGUCGAUACAAAAUCAGCUGAGAAAUUUUUUUUUAUUGUAUGCAUGUAUGUAGUUGUACUGAGUCUCAAAUUCAUUUUAAUAGGUGUACAAGUAAGUUUAAAAGGAACUUUUUUUUUGAUUUUUAAACUCAGUUCUCAAGAA